GUUUGCAAAUGUAUCUGGAUGUCACAGCUUGGGCUUUCCCGGCUCUUAAGAUCUUCGAGCCCGUUCUUCGGUGUGCCGUUAAAUGCCCUGCAAGGUAGGUUCUCCACAUCUCGGCUGUGAGGAGCCCGUGGGUGCCGAUUCCCCGGGAGGCCCCAGAUUCGGCGCGUUGUUUACGUGCACAGUGGCAUUUGUAAUUAGGAAGGAUUAAGUAUCAUUUACAGAUUGCAUGUUCAUGUUUCUGUAACAAGAUCUUGCAAGUUUUAGCAAUUGGGGUGUGGCUUUAAUCCUUAGUGAGUAGUAUGACUUCUCCGCCCACUCCUACAUUCUGAGCCCUGGCAUAUUGACCUAUCCAGUGAAUAGCGUUUAACCCCUGUAAUUGCGGGGAUUUCGGAUUUAGACGUUUGUUUCUGGUUCACGGGACAACUGAUUUGGAAGUUUUAAUGUGGCGGUUGCUUCGGGCCAAGUCGAGCCACCUGGUGUUUCAGUCCUCAUGACGGAGAUGAGCUCUCUGAGCGCAGUUUCGUUGGUACCUGCCUCCAUACAACUGAACCAAACUGCCGAAUGUGAAGUCAAUAAGAUCUUUCAGUACAAGUUCCUCUCAAUUACAUACGCUGUUGUGUUCCUGGUGGGUUUCUCCACGAAUUCCUUGGUGCUGGCCUGUUUGUGUUUGAGGCGGAGGAAAUGGGUCAGCGGGAAUCUGUUCGUUUUUAACCUGGCUCUGGCUGACCUGCUGUAUGUCAUCACCCUGCCGUUCUUUGUGGUCUAUUAUGCCGGCCACGGUCGCUGGAUUUUUGGGAAAGGCGUUUGCCGAAUAAGCAGGCUCGCUUUCCAUCUGAACUUGUACGGCAGCAUCGGGUUCCUCACUUGCAUCAGCGUCCAGCGUUACCUUGGCAUCGUGCAUCCCAUGAAGGUGUUGGGCAGGUGGAAGACGCGUCACUCAGCACUGAUCAGUCUUCUGGUCUGGGCGCUGGUCCUGAUUCAAACCGGGGCGGAUUUAUAUUUCACCAAAACUAACGCCGAUAGCUCAAAGUGCUACGAUACUACAAGGAGUGAAGAAUUAACCUCUUACCUAUUGUAUGUUCGGGCCGUUUCUGUGACUGGAUUUUUGAUCCCUUUCCUCCUCAUCAUAGGGUGUUACUGUCGAAUCGCUGUGGUCCUCAGCAAAAAACACAGCCUCGACACAGGUCCGAAGGAACGAUCCCGGAACCUUGCGAUCAUUAUUAUGCUUUUAUUUUCGGUUUGUUUUGCACCUUAUCAUGUUUUACGAUAUCUCAAUUUAAUGUCCAGACAUGUUCAAUGGAAAGGUCUCUGUACUCGCAAUACCAGAUCGGUUUACUUGUUCUACCAGAUUACCAGGGGGCUGACUAGUUUAAACAGCUGCAUUGAUCCAUUCAUUUAUUUCGUAGCCAGGGACGGCAUGGUGGCUAAAAUGAGAACCUUCAGGGUAAAAGUGCGUGGCUUUUUCAUCAGAAGAAAUCGUUCUUCAGUUCCGCAAGGGAAAUUACUUAUCAGUAAAAUACCAGCUCGUAACGAAACAGUCGUCUAAAGCUGUUUAAAUCUGUGGUUCACGGAUCAAUUCAAAAUAAUCCAUCUCAUUGUUUGAUUUUAUUUUUUUAAAGACCAGGUUUUGCAUUCUGCACUUAAAUACUUCCAGGGAUCCAGAUACAUUCUAUGGGAUUUUGCACCAAGCUGCAAGAAAUUGGACAGGCAUUACUUUUUGCAGAGUAUCUGGCACUUGUGUGAACAGGGCGAUCCAUUUUAUAGCCCUUGACUGGUUGAAUCGUUAUUAACCAUAGCGAGAGUUUGAAUUAGAAAGUGUCAGUUAGAAUAGUCUUUGCAUAUCAAAUCAGGCACACACAGCAUCAUGGAGAGAGAAAGAAUGGGUUGGUAUAAAAGUGCGAUGAAUGAUGAAAAGAAUAUAUCUUCAAAAACUAUGAUUAUAAAGAAAUAAAACUUGCAAAAAGCUACUUUUCCGUAGUCACAAUGUUAGAACAAUUACAAAGACUGUCAAUGGACAAAUCUUGACUUUUCCUCGGGAGUGUGGGAUUAAAAACAAUGCGGUGCUGUGUCUCUCAGCCAAGUACUGCUACACUAGUUUCAACAUUUAUUAGAAACAGUGCAGUGAAACAUAGAAACUGUGCCACGGUGGUAUUUCUCUUGUCUCUUGUAACAUGAAGUUCAUGAAGUAGCAAUAAUAACCCAGUAAAAGCCCCAGAUGACGUGAUGAAUUAGUUGCGGCUACUCAAGCUUUGCUGGCUCUAAAAAUUAACUUUGAUAAAGAUGGAUUCUCAUUCUUUCAGACUUCGAUUAUAGUUGGGGACUUUCCUUUUCUUUAUCUUUUUUAACCUCUUCUUUAAUCCUAUCUUUCUAUCUUGUAAUUCAGUCUAUGCAAGGUUUCCGAUUGAAUUAAAUACUUUCAAUACCCGGUUUAGACUCUGCAUUCAUCAGUAAGGAGUCUUCAAUGUGAUUAGUUGGAGAAACAUGUCGUUGCUUGUCAUUGUUCCCUUUGGUCCAAAAUCCAAAUUGCCAAGACUGUAUUGCAACAAGUUAUAGGCUGGGUUGGUUGUGGAAAAGGACAAUAGGUGAAACAUUUGGGCAGGGCACAAGCUCAACUGUAUUACUGAAGAUAUUGAGAGCAGCACAGGCAUAGUUGACCCAAACUGUCUCCUGUAAUCAUGGAUAUUGCAUGAAAUUAGGGAUCUGCCAGUUAUCUGUCCCUGAAAUCCGACCAUUAAAAUAUAGAAGCCUUUCAGAAAAAUUGGCAAAAAAAGCUAAGUGUUUUUUUUUCUCUCAAAAGCUAGCUGUUCACACAUCUCAGACGACACUCUCCUAAAUUAGAAAGCUGGUCACACUUCCUCCCUGUUCAUGCUCUACAAGUACUGUUCUUCACUGCGACAGUUUGUUGUAUUCCCGACUUGUUUUACCCUAGAAUCCCUCAGUUUCACAUGCAAGAACCUGUCUCCAAAAAGAAUAAAAUCCAUUUUAUGAAUUUUCAUUUACAGGAAAAAUACAAUACCAUAAUGAAAGUAACUUUUUCCCUUUGUAUCUGCUACUCGGUUUGUGUCAUGCUUAAACCAUUGUGUUACUGUGAGUGUUCAAAUUACUGUCUGUGAAGCAUUUGUUACU